AGCCUACCAUCCAAGUUGAACUCCAGCCCCGCAGCCCAGAGCAGGAUAUCUCCAGCCUCGAUCUCCACGAAUCUCCCCUCCUAUCGCAACAACCAGCCAACACCAUGUCCGGCAACUGGGCUCCUCUGACUCCCGAUAUGCUCGGCUCGAACAACGUGUCGAACAUCAACUUUGAUCAACUCAACCUCCAAUGCAUGAGCUGUGCCCCUGGCGCCCUCGACGACAACUUCAACCUCCCUCUGCACAUCGGCGGCAUCUUUAUCAUCUUUACCAUCAGCUGCAUCGGCCUCUACUCGACUACCUUCCUUGGCUUCCGCACCGUCUCGCCUGCUAGAGACGACGAGACUUCCAGCAGCACCCUGAAGGAGACCAGCGGCUCCGUUGGUUUCCUGCUGCACUAUAUCAAGCUCUUUGGCAUCGGUGUCAUCGCCUCGACGGCGUGGCUCCACGUCCUGACCAGCGCCUUUGGCAACUUUACCAGCCCGUGCUUGGUCGGCUUCUGGAACCUCUAUGGCGGUAGCAACUGGGUUGGUCUGUUCGGCCUUGUCGCCACCCUCCUCGUGAACGCCCUCGAGUACAUCCUCACGCAGAAGGCCACCCGCCAGUCACUCGAAAAGUCCAAGUCCCUCGACAGCCACGUUGAGCUUGCCGGUCACUUCCACGGCUUCCCCGGCAACAAGAGCAUCACCACCCUCCUGAUUGAAGCCAGCAUCUCGUUCCACUCGAUCAUCAUCGGCCUCGCCCUUGGCGUCGCCACGGACGAGUUCAACUCUCUCCUCGUCGCCAUCUGCUUCCACCAGUUCUUCGAGGGCAUGGCUCUGGGCUCGCUCAUCCGCGAUCUGCCUUACACGCCCUUGAAGAAGUUUGUCAUUGGCCUGGUGUACCCCGUGACGACCCCCAUCGGCAUGGCCAUCGGCAUCGGACUCCGCUCCGCUCUUCAGAACAAUAGCCAGGUCAGCAUUGUUGUUCAGGGUAUCUUUGACUCCCUGGCCUCGGGUGUGCUCAUCUACAACGUCUAUGCCGAGCUCUUCAGCAACGAGAUCAACCACAACCACAACUUCCGGGGACUUUCGCGCGCCCAGCAAGUUAUCUCAUUCUGCGUGCUUUACAUUGGCGCCGCUGCCAUGGCCAUUGUUGCCGUGUGGGCCUAAGCACACACAGCCCGCUCUAUCCUUUCUUGCGUUUGUAUAUCGCCUUGCGGAUCCACUGUUCAUCUGAUUGCUCACCGCGCUCUGACCACUUCCAUUUUCCUCACUACUGCCGUGCUUCAUUGUCUUCAUCCUGAGCAUUCCUUGUAUCCAUCUCUCGAUCCGCUGAGUUCCACGGGCCACAUCUCUCUCUUGGCAAGGGCAACCUGAAAAU